UUUACAGCAACACUUUAGGUCUCUGGCAUAGUCUCUCCGUCUCGUGUCACCCAGUAGCCAGUAUAUUUCAUUAGCGCAAUGUGAAAUACAUAAUGGAUGAAUACUUGUGACUGAUUCCAGGUCAUAAUGAAUAUACUGUUAAUAUCACAUCUACAGAAAGGAAGUGGGAACCUGCAUACAAUUGAAAGAAUAAGAACAUAUUUGUCAGAUGUUGACUACACAUGCACUUUGACCUCACCAGAUGAAUUCAACAACGAAGACGAUCUUAAGAGCUACGUUACAGCGAACGGCAUAAAAUUAGUCAUAGGGCUCCAUGCAUUUCGUUCUGGCAAAUUACUACAAGAUGCCAAAAUUAAUUACAUAUUGAUAAUUGGUGGAACCGAUGUAAAUGAAGAUUACAGAAAUCAGGCCAAAAUGAAUGUCAUGACACAAUCGGUUGUAUCUUCCAGGAAAAUAAUAGUGUUUAGCAACGGUCUUCGCCGGAAAGUACAGGAGCUCUGGUCGGUAAUACCUCAAGACAAGAUAAUUGAAAUUAAACAAGGAGUACAAACAUGUCCAUCCAAGUUUUCACUGACUGACUAUAUACAACAGCACCACUCGGACGUUUAUACAUCUGACAUGACAGUAUGUUUAUGUGUCGGCAGUAUUAGACCUGUAAAGAAUCCUUUGUAUCUAGUCCAAGAAUUUUCAGAAUUGCACCAGAGACGACAAAAUAUUGUUUAUGUUAUUUGUGGACCAGUGGUUGAUGAAGAAUAUGGCAAAUUGUUCAGAACGAAAAUCGACAGUCUUUCAGGAGUUAUAUUUAUACCAGGAUUAUCUCUGACAGAUGCUCACGCUGCAAUUCAACAAAGUUUUGCGUAUAUAAACUGCUCAAACAGCGAAGGAAUGGCUCUGGCGAUUUUGGAAGCGAUGAUGUUGGAAGUACCUGUAAUUGUACGUAACAUUGAUGGCAACAAAGAUAUUGUAGAACACGGUGUUAAUGGUUUUGUAUUCUCUAAUCCAAAGCAAUGUAUAGAAUAUGUGGAAGAGUUAUUACUGGAUAGUAACUUACGAGACAACACAGUGCGAAGUGCCAGUGAGUAUGAAAGGCGAGAACAUAGUGUUGAUACUGAAAGACUGAAGUAUUGUGAUGUAGUCAAGUCUUGCCUGGAAUAACAGAUACAGAUUAAGAACAGUAGUAAUCAGCUUUACCAGAUUUCGUUUGAACUUUUUCAAUUUAAUCCACUGUUGUUGUUUUUAAGUAUUCGUCUACAGAAUUUGUCUUUUUAAUUUUUAAUUUCCUCUAACUUGUUUAUUUAAUUUUUUUUACCUUCAAUUGCAUUUCUAGUCUCGAUUAUGAUCACUUUAUACUAAUAACCUUGACAAUGUUUUGAUAUAUGUCAUAUACAUGGGUCUUGAAAGGGGUUUACAAAAUAGAGAAUAAAAGGCAAAAAAUUGAGAAUAACGACAAAAGAAAAGAAUAAUUGGCCAAAAGAUAUAAAGAAUAAAGCAAAUUAUGCCAAGAAAUGAAAAAAAGAGAAUAAUGAUUAAAAAACGCUGAAAGAAGGAAUACCGAAUUCACCCCUCAAAUAUGAUAUAUAUUUAUUUACUUUUCGGGAGUAAUGAAAAUGUAAUGCUGGCGUUACAAGUGAUGAAGGUCUGCUUAGGUGGUCGAUUAAACUUUAUUUAUCUCAUUAUAUAAUAAAAUAUGAAUAUUAUUUAAAAGGUUUCAUCAAGACAAACUUGUUGUCUCUUUGACACAUUCCCCAUUUCUCAAUUGUAUGUUGCCUCAAGCAUGCAUUUAAAAAGAGGGGUCAAAUUUUUUUAACAUAUAAGAAAGGCGAUGUGGCAUUUCUAAUUAACGACAUAAAUAUCUGCAAGAGACCGAAGGCCAAUGAUGGUAAAUGUAAGCAGAUGUAUAUUAUCUCUGUAAUGUUAAUUUCUCAAUCAAAUUACAGACAUUAUUUAUAACUUUUACAGCAUGUAUUAGGGCAAAAUAUUGUGAUAUUGAU